UGAUGGCUGAAGUCGCAGCACUGUUGCCUUGGGCUGAUGCUAUCAAUCGUGCAUUCCCAUAUGCGCUGACAGAUGGUCAGCUUGCACCAGCUGCGAGCACCCUGCCCUGCCCCACUCCUGCGAGCGCUGGUGCUGAUGCGAGCUUGCAAGAUGCAAUUGUCCAGAGUGUGGGCACAAGGCUCGUCAACAUUGUCCAAGGUGCCCUCCUCCAGCCGAGUACAGUUCAGGUUGGGCUACCCGAGGCCGAGCCCCAGGAUGCGGGCACCUCUGCUGGGUGUACACCAGAAGAACCUGCACCAGCCACGGAGACGAGCACCAAGAGGAUGCGAGUUCUCAAGCUUGGGAAUGGCACAUUGCUGCAAGUGGCUGACGACGAAAUCCCAGACCCACCUGCCAUCAGUUUUGUCAACGACAUCCCUCGGCUCAAUGGAAUGUGGGAUGAUCGCACGGAGCACUGGCAGGGCACGUCCAUCAUCAACAUACAAGGCCACCCUGAUUGCAAUCGACAAUGGAAAGGUACGAAAAACAAGUGGACUGACUGGCGUGACAUCGUUGAGCGGUACCGACGAGGCACCCCAGAACAGUUCUGGGCCAGGUUCAGGGCUGCCAAUGGUGAGCCUCUGAAGUUCACUGCCAUUGUUCACAGGCUUCGCGAAGAGCGCAAGGAAGCAAACUUUGCACUUGUGGAGCGUGCUCGCGAGGAAUAUCGCUCAGACUUUUUCUUUACUUACCGAAAAGGAGGUGAGGAGCACACCAUGACGAGGCCAUCUGCGAUUGCAAAGAAAUAUAAGGAACUC